UUCAUCACCAGCCACAUACUCCAAAUUCCAAACAAACACAUACCACUUCUGAAAGAUAUUCAGAAACAUACACCAAAGCAAACUUGCGCCAGCAAGCGAUAUUCUUUGAAAGAGAAAAGAAAAAAAAGAAAAAGAAAAAUGGCAAAGAGGCAGAGGCCAUGGAUUGGGAGCUCACUGCCUGCUGUAGGCAUGGUUUCAGCAGUUGUAGCUUUAGCCGUUAAUCAAAUAAUAGGCAAAAUGGCCAUGUCCAAAGGCACCAGCUUUUACAUUUUGUCUGUCUAUUCUAAUGGUUUGGCCACUCUUUUUCUUUUUCCUACGGCUUUUCUCUUCCACAGGUCAAAGCGGCCAAAAAUGUCAUUUCCUGUUAUGUGGAGAAUUUUCUUGCUUGCUUCUUUUGGAAAACACGUGUCAGCAAUAAAUUUCAUUUUUCCCUCUCAUGAAAACAAGAAGCUUAUUAAGUUUAUAAAAUCUGUUGCAAGAUGUUUCGCGGAGAUUGGUAGUUAUGCCGGCAUAAAUUACAGCUCGCCAACUCUCAGUACAGCCAUGUUAAUUCUUGUUCCAGCAUUUACAUACCUUCUUGCCAUUUUUUUCAGGAUGGAAGAUGUAAAUUUUAAAAGAUUUAGUACCAUAGCCAAGUCUUUGGGUACUUUAGUAUCCAUUACAGGAGCAUUUAUCGUGACAUUUUAUAAGGGGCCCGCUAUCCUUAAUUCACCAUUGACAUCUGGAUCGUUUACGAAACUCUACUUGCCCUCGUCACAAAAUUGGGUUCUUGGAGGAUUUUUGCUUGCGUGUGCCUCUUUUAUGACAGCAUCAUGGUGCAUUCUACAGGCCUCAAUAUUGAAGAUGUAUCCUGCAGAAAUGAUUAUAGUUGCUUUCUACUGCCUUUUUGUAACAAUGCAAUCUUCAUUGGUGACUCUGGUUGCAGAAAGAGACAUGGCAGCUUUGAGAAUUGAAACAAAGAUUGGAUUAAUGGCCAUUUUCUAUGCGGUAAGCAAAUAUUAUGACUAUUACAGCCAUCUCUAUCUUAAGAGGAUUUUGAUUGGUGCAUUGGUGUUGAUUCUUGGUUUCUAUGUGGUGAUGUGGGGAAAAGCGAAAGAAAGAGAUAUGAAUCUGGAAGUUGAAUCGCCUAGCUAUCGGGCUCCCUUGUUGCAAGAUUAUAAUAUCCGAGAAGCAUAG